AAUGUCUGGUGGUGGAAGUGAUGUGUUAACUCAAGAGAAAAAUGAAGAAAUAUUGGAACCAAGCAGUAUUGUUUCAUCUUUUGACACAGAGAUGCACAGUGAAAAGACAGAACAUGUACCCCCACAAGAUGAUGGGGGGCUUGUUUCUGAAAGCCCCAACAAUGAACAGGAAGGGAACAUGAUGACUUUAGGGCAUCCUUUGAAUGAGGAACAUUCCAGUGGAGACAUCGCUGAGAAUGUUCCUACUGAAUGCAGCGAGUCCGUGAGCCUUGAACCAGAACCUGGAUCUGAAGUGCAGAAUGAAGAGAGUGACCCAGGCAAGGAUUCACCACCUAAAGGGAGUGGAUGGACAACGUGGGGAUCAUGGGGCAAGUCCCUGCUUUCAACAGCAUCUGCCACAGUUGGUCAUGGAUUAACAGCAGUCAAGGAAAAAGCAGCUACCCUCAGAAUUCAUGGCCCAUCUUCUGGAUCUUCAGAAGGUGCACAUCCUGACACAGCUGAGGGUCCCAUCGCAGAUGUGGAAGAGACUGCAGAGCAAAGUCAUCUGGAGAGCCCACCUUUACCUUCAUCUCCUUCUGGAUCACGUGGAAUGUUUUCUACCAUUACUAGCGCUGUACAGAACACCGGUAAGAAUGUCUUAACUGGUGGCCUGGAUGCUUUGGAGUUCAUUGGCAAGAAAACCAUGAAUGUCCUUGCCGAAAGUGAUCCUGGGUUUAAGAAAACUAAAACACUGAUGGAACGAACAGUUUCCUUAUCUCAGCUUUUGCGAGAAGCUAAAGAGAAAGAGAAGCAGAGACUGGCCCAGCAGGUCACAUUCGAAAGGACGGCACAUUAUGGGCUACUUUUUGAUGAGUUUCAGGGUCUGUCUCAUCUGGAAGCCCUGGAAAUUCUGUCUAAUGAAAGCGAAGCCAAGAUACAAUUAUAUUUGGCAUCACUUGAAGGAGAGGAAUUGGAAACAGCAAAAAAAGCUUUAAUUGCUAUUAAGACAGUCUUCCUUCCUCAAGAAUCAGAUAACGAAGACAAUGAAGCAAAGAAAGCAGAUAUGGGAGAUGAGUUUGUUACCAUGCUUACAGAAUUGCUAUUUGAACUACAUGUUGCUGCUACUCCUGAUAAACUUAAUAAGGCUAGGAAGAAAGCUUAUGAUUGCUUGGAAGAAGCUAGUCUCCCCACAUCUAUAGAAAUGGACAAGAACCCAGCAGAGAGAACUGAAGAAGAUGAAGGAAGGCCUCAAGCAGGAGAAUCUGGAAACAGAGAAGAAGGAAAAACCAAAACUGUAGAGGAAAUCUACAUGAUGUCUAUCGAAAGCCUUGCUGAGGUAACAGCCCGUUGCAUUGAGCAGCUCCAUAAAUUAGCAGAAUUAAUUCUUCAUGGACAAGAAGUUGAAAAGCCUGCCUUGGAACAAGCAAAAGUUCUAACGACUUUAACAAGUACAAUGUGUAAUGAAGUCUCAACCCUAUCGCAACAAUUUUCUGACGUCCUAACUUCAGUUGGGAGUGACAAAAAGGCUGAAGUUCUCAACCCAAUGGUCAAUAGUGUACUAUUAGAGGGCUGUAACAGCACCACUUACAUCCAGGAUGCUUUCCAAUUAUUGCUUCCAGUUCUCCAGGUCUCUCAUAUCCAGACGAAUUGUUUGACAACACAACAGUGACCAUCGGCCUAUUCUCUUGGUUGUAUGUGAAAUUCAAAAGUAUGUCCGAAGCCAUCAGGCUAUCAAAGAGCCUUCAAAGGGACAUUAAAUGCAAUUUUGCACAUGCAAUACUGAGUAACACUUUUAGUUAACUAUUUAAACACAUUAUUCUAUUAUAGGAGAAACAUUCAUAUUACUUGCAUUAAUUUAAGGUAAAACAUGUCUAUUUCACUUUUACUGGUUGAAAUUUAAUUGGGCAUUGCUGUACUAAGUAACUGACAUACCAUUUUGAAACAUUUGCAGUGGCCUAUUUGCCUGAAAUGCCAGAAUGAAAUCCCUUGCUGCGAAAUCAAUGUAAUGCCUUAGCCACAAGUUGGUACUCUCCAAAUAAGCAUUUUCCUUUGGCUUCAAGUGUGAGGAAUGGGCAGUAAGGCAAGACCAUCAGAAAAAGCAGACUUAAAAGGUGAUCUGACUGUUCCCUGUAUGUGGAAAUAUACAUGUGCAGGUGUGAGAAAGAAGGGUGUAGCAGGGAACUGAAUUAACUCCUCUUAAAUUAAGUUCAACAGCACUUUUCUCAUUUUUAGAAUAGUUCUAAAUACUUUCACUUAGCUUAAAUAUAACAGAGAAACUUCCUUGCACUAACUGUAUCAUGAACUAAUAAAAGUGCUUCUUUCAUAGACACAAAGUCAUAACCUCAUAAGCAGGAAAAAUUGUCUAAUUUACCUCAGAGACCAGCACAAAUCGAUGAUGGCAUCUGUUUGUGCUCAUGCAUGCCGGGGGCUGUUUGUAUGCAAGGAAAGCACCUCAGUGUCUGUGAAUCUGCAUUGCAUCAGUUAUAUGACACAGCUGCAGCUUUACAGCUACUGCAAGGCU